AUGGCGUUCGGCAUGGGCUGCUGCUGCCUGCAGGUGACGUUCCAGGCGGCGGACAUGAGGGAGUCUCGCCAUCUCUACGAUCAGAUGGCGGUGAUCGCACCCAUAAUGAUGGCGCUCACGGCGGCAACGCCGAUCUUCGCUGGGCGGCUCGUCGCGACUGACGCUCGGUGGAACAUCAUCUCCGCAUCGGUGGACGAUCGCACUCCUGCAGAGCGUGGCCUUCAGGCCGAGCGCGAGGAAGACCCUGCCAUGGUGGCGGGCGGCACGCGGUUGCUGAGCAAGAGCAGAUAUGAUUCCAUCUCGUGUUACAUCUCGGACUACACACAAGACCUGGACAACAUGUACAAUGAUAUCCCUUGCGAAGUGGACGAGGAGGUCCAGAGCCAGCUUCUUGAGGAGGGCGUCGUCAUGCCGCUCGCUAGGCAUGUGGCGCAUCUUUUCGCGCGAGAUCCUCUGGUGGCGUUCGAGGGGGCUGUGGCAGAGGUGGACGACGAGACCUCCACAGAGCACUUUGAGAGCAUAAACUCUACAAAUUGGCAGUCCAUGCGCUGGAAGCCGCCCCCGCCACCCUCGGACAGUGGCGUGCACAUCGGAUGGAGGACAGAAUUUCGGCCGAUGGAGGUGCAGUUGACCGAUUUCGAGAACGCGGCAUUCACGGCUGUCACGGUGCUCUUGUCAAGGGCGCUGCUGGUAUUCAAUCUCGACGUGCUCAUCCCACUGUCGAAAGUGGACGAAAACAUGAAGCGCGCGCACCAGAUGGGGGCCGUGACCACCCAGAAGUUUUGGUUCAGGAAGAAUAUUUUGCACGCUCACGCUGCCUCCGCGGACCUCUUUGCAGUCGACCCGCAUGGCGACGACAGCGAAGAGAUGACGAUGGACGAGGUCAUGAACGGCGAGGGCGAGCGCUUCCCUGGCCUGAUCCCCCUGUGUUAUGCCUACCUGGAGCACAUCGCUUGUGAUGCGGCUUCCUUUGCGCGCAUCCACCAGUACCUCUCGCUGAUCAGCAAGCGGGCUCGCGGCGAGCUCCUCACCCCCGCGACGUGGAUGCGUAAUUUUGUCCUCCAGCACCCAGAGUACAACAAAGACUCGAUCAUCACACCUGGCAUGGCUGUGGAUCUCAUGACAGCGUGCGACGAGAUCGGUCGGGGUGUGCGGCCUUGCAAGGAGUUGCACGGCGAUGUGGUCAUCGAGCCGAUCAUCAGGGAGGGCCUAUAUCUCACCCCGCUCUGCAGCAG